UCUACAGUUUCGGAGUAGGUGGAGAAUCGCACCUGCCUGGAAGCAACACAGGUCGUUUCUUGUUAAGCCUCUGGAGCCGGUUUCAUCUUUAACCUCAGUUUUGGCUACAGUUGAAGUUCGUCACAGGAAAGAGACACGGAAUGGAGUUUCAAUGAGUGAAAUUUCCAAUUUGGCCUUCAUCAGCGUCACGAACCGACAGACAGCUCAGGACACCGACCGCUCCCUCCGGUAACUUUCAUUUUGUCGCUGCUGAACUCUGGACAUUAAUUCGUGCUGCGUUUUCUUUCUUCUUCUUUUUUUUUUUUACUUUAUAAUGAAGGACUUUGAUAAUCGUGAUUAUUAUUUUUCGCUGUAAGAGUUUUGGAGUAGUCCUUGUGGUUCGGAAGGACAGACAGUCUGUUCGUACGUGAACUCAUCAUGUUAUUCGGUUUGUUCGUUCUGCUCCGGCUGCUGGCCGCUGGAAACGCGGCCUCUGCGAGGAACUUAAUGUCUCUAAACGAAGUGCCAGAAGAUAAAGUGUUUACAGGUGAGUCAGAAGCGAAGUUGUUCCUGGGGCGCCAUCUGCUGGCCAAUCGCUUUGACUUUGAAAUGUUUGUUCCUGGCAACCUGGAGAGGGAGUGCAUUGAAGAAAUCUGCAAUUAUGAGGAAGCCAGGGAAGUCUUUGAAAACAUACCACAAACAGAUGCCUUUUGGAAAGAAUACACCAAAGUGGAAAGUCCGUCACGGGUGGAUGUAACUGGACUUCUUGUGGGACUCAUCUGUGCUGGAGUGGUGGUUGUUAUUCUUGGUGUCUUGAUCUGGUAUUUGUGUAGAUCCACUUUUAAGAGUGGCUUCAGCCGUCGUUCAAGUUCCACCCGAGGACGUCCUAGGAGGAGCAAUGCCUCCCUAAUAAUGCGAAGGUUGGAUGAUGUCUCCAGAGAGCCUGCGCUCUCUCCAACAUCCGGGCCAACUUUGGAUGUAGAAGACCCUCCCGGCCUACCCUCAUACGAGCAGGCCAUCUCAGCAAGUGGACAGCACGAUGCGCCACCUCCUCCAUAUCCUGGCUCAAGACCUGGGAGUGCUCGACAAUAAUCUUUAAAAAAUUAAACAAUGCAAGAUAAUGACUGUGAAAUAAAAAUUUAAUUUAUAAGUAGCAUUUACAUCACAAUGCUGUAUCUGUUUUUACAUAAUCUGAUUUCUAAUGGUUUGUACCUCUUGCACCAUUAUUAAGCUGUUUUUCCCCACAUAGACAGAAUGGAAGUUCAAAAGUGUGCAAAGCAUAAUUUAAUUUUGGGUUUUCCUGUUAUAAAUAAUGAAGAAGAAACUUUUUUUUUUCCAUUUCCUGAAAAGUUAAAUUUUUGAAGUUAAUAUAAAUGUUUUCUGCAAUUACCCUUUCUCUUUUUGAGGCUGGUUUGCUGAGCGUCAUGUUCAGUGUCGUCCACAAAUCUUCGGUGGGAUUUAAAGCCUGACAGAGAUGCGGCAAAUGUGUUUUUAAACUUUUAAGACUUUGAAAUAGUUCCCAAACUAGUGUACGGUUAGAAGAAAAUUGGACACUUUUCCAUUUAAAAUUGCUGAAAAUGAAAACAUUGUUACUGUUUAACAGAAAGUUUGAAGAAAGAAAAAACUUCUGUUAAAACGUGUCAGUAUGGACCAAACCGCAUUUUUGGGACGGGGAGCGGUUUGUUUGUCUUUGGUAAUCUAUUAAAGUAAGUUUCACUCCAGCUGUAAAACCUUAGUUUUUGCUUCCCUUCUUGAUGUGCAUUUUUACCUCCCCCUCUAGUGUCGGUCUGGGCCUAGUGUUUGCCUUUGGAGAGAAGUACAGAGGUUAUUUUGCUUCUGAGGGACACUGAAAUGUGGAUAUAUUUCACGACAUAAACACAACUGUAGAGUCCAACUUGUUGGGAUUUUUGAACCGUGGAUGAGCUUUAUUAUGAUGCAGUUGUUAUGGUUUACUGCUUUUUAUCUGAAUGAUGAGUGUUUGAUUUAAGUUAAUGAAAAUCUAAUUGUUCCUCGAAGGAGCAGAGACAGUAUGCAGCAGUGUAUGAAAGUGGAAUUUCUAUGGAUGCCAUGCCAAGGAAGAGAUUAAUAUGCCGUUAAUCUCUGAUUGAUGGAGCAAACAUGACUCUGCUUGUAUGAAUUCCUCACAGUAAAAGUCGGACACUGCUUUAAUUUCCUUGAUAGUAAAAACUGCGGUCAAAGAAAUUGUGCUAAGCAUUUCUUAUGGAGUACCAGCUUUGUACCUGGUGAUUCACUGUCAAUUAACUUUUUUAUGUGUACUUUUUAUAAACUGUGAUUUUUUUUUAUUACAAUUUGAAGAAUGUACACGGCUCCAAUUGUAUAUUAAUUUCCUAUUUUUCUGUCAUGGUCUAUGCUGAGAUUAUCACAUUUAUGCCAAAUUUAUUUAAUUACAAUAAAUUAUGUACAUGGGUGCAUCGGGCACUUUGACUGAUGCUCUUUCUUUUAAAAUGAUUGCAAAUAAUUUAUUCAGUUGAAAUGUACAACAAAACCAAUAGUAGUGGAUUGUUGAAAAAAAAUGCAACAGUUUGCUUCAUCAGAACCAAAAGUUGUAGUUUGAGAAUCUAGUUGUUUUAAAAGUGCAGAUGUAAAUAAGUUAUGUGCUUGUAAAUACUUAGUGAACUCUUUAUUUUCAAGACAGAUUUAUUUUUUCAAAAUGUGAGAAUUGCACUUCAUUGAGCAACUGUGUUUUUCAAGAUUGUAUCGAGCACAGCUGUUUUUUGAAUUAAAAUCAUUUCUGUAUUUUUAAAUAAAAUUCUAUUUUAAUUA